AUGGUGUCCGGCUGCAAGCGGUGGCAAGCAGAUGCUGAAGAAGUCAAGACGCAGCACGAGAGGUGCCGAGCCCUGGGAGGCUUGGCUGCGUCUGUUCUAAGGAUCUUCCCAGAUAUUGAUAGACAUCACACUGGAGAGAGACCCUAUGAAUGUCCAGAAUGUGAGAGAAGAUUUAUGUGUUCUUCUGCGCUUCAGAAACACCAGAAGGGGCACAAAGGGGAGAAACCCUAUGAAUGUGGGAAAUGUGGAAAAGGUUUCCUUACACAAACAGAGCUUCAGCUUCAUGAGAGAAUCCACACGGGGGAAAAACCAUACAAAUGUGGGGAGUGUGGGAAAUGCUUUUCCGUAAAACAAAACCUUGGAAGGCAUGAGAGGCUCCACACAGGAGAGAAGCCGUACAGAUGCGUAGAAUGUGGGAAAUGUUUUGCUCAACAGGGGAAUCUUUGGACACAUCAUAAAAUCCACACAGGGGAGAAGCCAUAUCAAUGCUUCGAAUGUGGACAAUUUUAUUCUUCCAUAUCACACCUUAGAAGUCAUGUAAAAACUCAUACAGGGGAAAGAAAUUACAAAUGUUUAGACUGUGGGAGUGCAUUUCCUCAUUCAUAUUCCCUUAGAAACCACAGCCGAAUCCAUACAGGAGAGAAGUCCCAUAAAUGUUCGGAGUGCGAUAAAUGUUUUUCUCGGAAAG